AUGGAUAAGUUGCCGGUAGAGAUUCUGUCGAAAAUCAUCGACCACCUCGCUCCGCGAGAAAAGGUCCAACUUCAAUUUAUAUCAAAAAAGUUCUUUGCUCUCGCCCGUGAUAAUAAUCAAUGGAGAUUACACUGCUAUGAACAAUCAUGGGCUGCUCGGCAGGCUGCCCGCUCUGCUGCCAGACCCUCGGAGAGUGUGAUUGGCGACGCGACUGUUGCAUUGUCAAUAUUAGGGCAGGAGUCGCUACUUGAUAUCAUCCAGCCCUCUGUUCCACUAGCGAGCGAAGACUCUGAGGAUACCCGGGAAGUGUCUCGGAGUGAGAGGGCGAGGGCUGCAGCGGAAUGGGACUCGUCAGCUGAGGGGGAGCAUGUGGAUUGGUAUUCGGAAUAUAUUGCUCGCCACGGACCCAUAUCUUUAUCAUGGGUCGAGCAGCCGAUGGUCCGUAAGGGGGAAGGAAAACGAGGGCAGUCCUACGAGGUCAAAGGUAUGGGACUGCUCAAAGACUGGAGUGCAGCCAGACAGAACAAGAUCGUUGCCCCGCUUGAAGAUGGCAGCGUCUGUAUCUGGGAUCUGAAUCAUUCCCACUCAGUUGGCUCUCAAGCAAGUAAAGGCAAGAUUCUUGGAGUCAGCGAGCCUGGAAUUCUCAUGACCAACCUGUCUGGUCGUCGGGAUCGUUCUCCCUCGAAGGCUGCAUUGGAGUUUAUAAAUCUAGGCGAGGGAGUGAGCGUGGAUUCUCUACGACAAAGAGCCUAUCUGGCAAUCGGGAAUGUUCUAAAUGAAGUGGACCUGGAGACAUUAAAAGUGAUUUCGCAGCAGCGCUAUCCCUGGUCGAUUUUUGCCCUCUCCCAGGAGACAGAUUACUCAGUGCCCUUGACAUUAGCCACCACACUCAGUCUACAUAUCUAUGACUCCAGGCUGUCGGCUGUCGAAGAAGAAGAGGCAAUCAGCUCGCGAUGCGAGCGGGUAGUCAGCUCGAAUGCCCCCAAACUAGGCAUGUUCGCACACUCUGAUUCACCAUUGUUACAACUCCAAUCCAAUGGACAGCCACCUACUCGUAUACGCAGUCCAGAACCCUCAGAUAAAGGAGCAAAUUACGCACCACUGUUUCAACCUGGCCCUCUUUCCAUCCUGCACCCGCCAGCUCCCCAUGUGAAUACAAUUCUCCUUGCAGGACGUUUCCCCAGCAUCUUAUGCUAUGACCGCCGCUACUUCCCUCGGCUACAGACCACAGUCCAUUCCGGCGGUCGACUAUGUGGUCUCGCCUCAGCACCAGCUCCUCGAUUCCCCGUCUUCUCAGACUCCACCUACCCCGAGUCACAUUCCGUCGUGGCAUGCGGAGAUUAUAACGGACGAGGCUCGCUGGAACUCUAUAAUCUCAAACCAGUCCCGGAAGAAGAUCACAGCCCUUCCAACACGACAUCUAACCUGUACCCAGAAUACAAUAACCGUCAAAGUGCCGCCAGUUCCAAAUUACUUUCAGUGGGAUCGCACGGGAAUCGCAUCGUCUUUUCCGACGCCGAGGGGAACAUCAAGUGGACCGAACGAAAUGGUCGUUCAGAACCCGCAAGGUUCUCCCCCACUGGUGGGAAUCUCACUGGAGACGAGUUACUUAUCUGGACUGGAGAGCGAAUUGGUCGUGUCAAAUUUUCCAUUCCUGAAUUGCUUGAUGAGAAAGAAAUUGAUGAAGACGAUGAAGUGUUUAUGCAUGCGGAAGUCGAUGAAGCUACACGCGAAGAGAUGCGGCAUAGACGGCGUGACGAUUGGGAGAAAGAGCAGGGAUAUGGGGAUUAUAUGCGCCGUACGCUUGAGAGACAGGCGGAUGAGGUCCGAUGGAUGGGCAAUCAAUGGCUUGGCUGA